UUCUUUUCUUCUUCCACUUUUCAGUUUAGAUGGAUAUAGAUCUGGAUCUAAUUUUAUUAAAUUUCCGCUUCGCCAUUUCCAUCCCCUUCCUUUCUCUGCGUGAAAUUCCCAGCUCUCUUUAACACCGCAAUUUCCCAUCAAUUCGCCCUGCCCCGUAAAUUCCAGCUGUAUUUGAUUACCUCUGUGUCAGCAUCGUCUUCGAGAUUUGAUCUUAGGGUUUUCAGAUCUCCCGAUUGCUGCCUGAGUGCCCGGUGUUUCCCGCGUCUUUUUGGCGUUUUUAUUCCGGCGUUGUGGUGGCGACGCUUUCUGUCAGCGGCGUUUUGUGAUUCUGAUAUAAUAGGGAUUGAAGCUUGAGGGUUUCGUGUAAAUUUGUGUACGAGCUCGUGAGAAAUGUCGGCGGCUUUGGGUAAGACGUCGUAUCGCGAUCGGACGCCAGAGUUUCUGAGCGUAGCGGAGAGGCUGAAGAAGUCCAUCUCGUCAGGGAGCAAUGCCGACGUCAGUAGCAGCAGCAGCGGGAAGCCCGACGGCACGCGAUCUGCGGUUGCUGUUCAGUCGGAAUUCAAUAAGCGAGCUUCGAAGAUUGGGUUUGGAAUUCACCAGACGUCUCAGAAGCUGUCCAAGCUUGCCAAAUUGGCAAAGAGAACAUCAGUAUUCGAUGACCCAACCAUGGAGAUCCAAGAAUUAACUGCUGUGAUAAAGCAAGAUAUCACUGCGUUAAAUGCAGCUGUAGUAGAUCUCCAGCUCGUAUGCAACUCUCAAAAUGAGAGUGGGAACAUCUCUACCGACACCACAACCCAUUCAACUACAGUUGUAGAUAACCUCAAGAAUCGCCUAAUGGGCGCGACAAAGGAGUUUAAGGAAGUCCUAACUAUGCGAACAGAGAAUUUAAAGGUUCAUGAGAACCGCAGGCAGUUGUUUUCUUCAUCUGCAUCAAAAGAUGCUGCAAAUCCUUUCGUCCGUCAACGUCCACUAGCUUCCAGAUCUACAGCCAGUGCAUCGCCAGCUCCUCCACCUCCAUGGGCUAAUGGUUCUGCAUCAUCAUCCUCAUCCCAGUUAUUUCCCAGUCGACAGUCAGAUGUAGAGUCUCAACCACUCCUGCCCCAGCAGCACCAACAGCGUCAGCAGCAACAACAGCAACAACAACAGAUGGUUCCACUCCAAGAUAGUUACAUGCAGAGUAGAGCAGAGGCUCUACAUAAUGUGGAAUCAACCAUUCACGAGCUAAGUAGCAUCUUUACACAACUAGCAACCAUGGUUUCACAGCAAGGAGAGCUUGCUAUAAGGAUCGACGAGAACAUGGACGAUACACUGACGAAUGUAGAAGGUGCACAGGGGCAGCUGGUUAGGUAUCUCAACAGUAUUUCUUCCAACAGGUGGCUUAUGAUCAAGAUAUUCUUUGUACUCGUUGUAUUCCUCAUGAUCUUCUUGUUCUUUGUGGCAUAAGGAAAGAAAAGGUUUAAAUGGUUCCUUCUCUGCGGUCUCUCCAUAUUCGUGUACUAUAAUUCAGAAUGCAAAGGGAUCUCUUCUUGUAGUUAAAAAGAGGAUCGAUUGAAAUUAUGGUAUAUGCACAAAUUUUGACUGUCAUUUCCCCUUUUCCUGUAUUUUGGAUGGUUGAAGACGAACUUCUGGGUACAUAAUUUCUUAAAUUGCGGAACCUUGCGUUUCCCAGCUGCUUGUUCUUGUUUAUUUUGUUCAUUGUCCACUCCGUGUUCAACGAGACUUGAACCGAACACUUUGAUGUCGCAACAUUGUUUUAGUAUUGAAAGAUUAGAAGUCUGUUGACAACUUGACA